CACACACACAUAUGCACACACACUAGCAGCAGCUGUAUCAGUGGGAAUUUCACACUCACACACGCACACAAACGCGCGCGCACACACUAUCAGUCUGUACCAGUGAGACUUUCACACUUACACACAUCAUCUCAACAACCAUGUCCACCCCGGGUGCAGAGGGUUCCGCAGGGAUGUCGGGGAGUAAUCGCAGAUUGCAGCAGACGCAGGCGCAGGUGGAUGAGGUGGUGGACAUCAUGAGAGUGAAUGUUGAUAAGGUCCUGGAACGAGACCAGAAGCUCACUGAGCUGGACGAUCGCGCUGAUGCCCUGCAGGCUGGCGCUUCUCAGUUUGAGACCAGUGCUGCCAAACUCAAGAGGAAGUACUGGUGGAAGAACUGCAAGAUGUGGGCCAUUUUAAUAGCCGUGAUCGUGAUCAUCAUUAUCAUCAUCAUCGUCUGGGCGACACAGUCAUAAAGAUGCAGAGAUACAGAGAGAGAAAACUGGUUAUGAUUGGAGAAAAAGAUAAGAAUAUAAAGGAGUGUCAACUUGGGAAUGAAAGAAUAAGAAAAAGAAUGAAUGUUCUUCCAAGAUGUUCUAACCUGCUGAUUUUCAAAAGCAUAUUUUGUAAACUAUUCUCAAUAGUUUUUUUUUUCUCUUAUGUUUUGUUUUUAAUGACUGUGAUUUGAAUGUGUACUGAAAUGCAUACUGUUUAACAUUUUGAAAGACACACUCACAUCUUAUAGAAACCACAGAACAAUAACUGACCUGUAGAAGAUAAAAAUGAUCCAAACCUUGUGUUAAUAUAAGAGAAAUUCUUCUCUCAGUUGAAGGCCAAAACACGUUCAUCAAAAACAAGGCAAAACUCUUUACUAACGUCACAUCUCUUAAAUUGCUUGUGGGUUCUGUAUGGAGACAGCCUUAAAUCAAAUACUUUUCACUUCGUUGCCUUUGAGUCCUUCAGUGCCAACAAGACAAAGUAUUUCCUGAACAAGCACAGAAGUGCCAUUGAAUGCCAGAAGUGCCUUUUGACAACUACACCGCCAGACUAAUCUGUCAUAAAAAUAGAGAUAUUCACUCUGAAGUACAUCUGCUUAAAAAUUAUAUUUAAGCUAUUAUGGAAUAAAUGUUUUGAAAUAAUUCCUUAAUUUAACUGCAUUAUAUUUGUAUUGCCAUAUAUAGAAAUAGUUUGCCAGGAAUGAUCUUUGCUUAAUUAAAUUUCAGUAGUACCAUCGCACAAAUUGUGAAAGGAAUAAAUUAUGUUUUCUUGCUCACAGUGCCAAAACCACAUUUUAUGUUUAUGCAAGCUUUUUGUAUGUAUACCAUUGUAUGUCUCGCAUGUAAAUUGUAAACAAGUGCAAUUCUAUGCUGUGGCCUUGUAAACUGUCAAGCCUAUUGAAUUGCCAAUGUUGGCUCAAUAAAACUUGGAUUUAACAUA